AUGCGGAGCCCUUUGGCUUUCCUGUUGAUAGUUGCGGUUACGAAAGUUACAAGUCAUGUGGGCAUUGUUACAGUUACGAAAGUUACAAGUCAUGUGGGCAUUGUUACAGUUUCCUCUGCGGUGCCCGUACCGCAGGAGGAGGCGAAAUACUCCCGUUACAUUCAGUUCCCGGACGGAGACGGUAUACUACAAAAUGUCGAUCUCGAAGCCAAACCCAACAUGCAACUGCUCAACGCAGUUGAGAGAAAUCCUGCUAAUAACAUCUACUUAUUGUACACAAGACGUAAUCCAACUUCACCGCAAACCUUGGUAAUGAACAAUGCAAACUCAAUUACUUCAUCUAACUUUAACCGUAACGUACCAACCGUGGUCGUCGCCCAUGGAUGGCUCAGCAACCAGAAGACUAAAUUGAACGGUGUCCUUCGUGACGUAUAUCUAAAGAAAAGUAACGUCAAUGUCAUCAUAUUGGACUGGCGGAGGCUUGCAAUCAGCGAUUAUGUAACUGCUGUGAGAGGCGUUCCUGCUGUCGGCAGGGGUUUGGGACAGUUCUUGGAUUUUGUUAAUCGUAUUACUGGCGCUCCUUUUAAUUCUAUGCACCUGAUUGGAUUCAGCUUGGGAGCUCACUUAGUCGCCAAUGCUGGAAGGGAGCUAAGAGGGCGCGUUGCACGUGUUACUGGUUUAGAUCCAGCUGGUCCACUGUGGAACAGAAAUUCUGGUCGUAUAGCACCUACUGAUGGUGUCUACGUGGAAGCUAUCCAUACUGACGGUGGUUAUAUAAUCGGUGGUCUCGGCAUUGGUGCCGCUGUUGCAAAUGCUGACUUCUUCCCCAAUGGCGGUGUUUCACAACCCGGAUGCUUGCUCAACGUCUGCAACCACAAUCGUGCAUGGGAAUACUUCUCUGCAACGGUAUCCUAUAAUCAUUUAGUUGGAAAUCAAUGUGACAACACCAAUCAAAUCUCUUCAAACAAUUGCCGUGGUAGACAGUUCCAUAUGGGCAAUGAUGACUUGAGGAAAUUCGGAACCGGCUUAUACCGAGUGAACACAGGCAGGAGCUAUCCAUAUUAA